CCAGGCUGCCUGACACCCACAGAUGGGUGGAGCUCAGUGCUGCUCCAGCGGGCGAGACGGGUGGGAGGACUGGCCCACCACGUGGGGCACUCUUGGUGAGGCAGGCGGACCUGGCCCUGUGGGUUUGGGGAUUCUGUGCCAGCUCUGCUCACAUCUUCGUGUGUGGAGGGGAUGUGAGUUAGGCUGUCAGAACAGUGCGGGCUAGAGGCACACAUGUUUCGUCUAGGCUUCGGGCGGGGUGCAGCAGGUGGGUGAGGCUGCGGUGGUGGCUGCUGCCCAGGGUGGGAGGCUCAGGGGAGGCGCUCGGCGACAGGAGCAGGAAGUGAUGAGGUGGGGAGCUCAGCCGAGGGCUGCACAAAGACCUUCCUGGCCUGCCCCAGACAGAGCUGAGGACCCCUGGCCGUGGGCUUGGUAAGUGCCUGGGCAGAUCCCCAAGUACCUUGGUCCCCAAGUGCCCUCCUGGGGGGCAGCUGGGGUCUGGGAGGCCUUGGGAUGUGGCUGCAGCUGGAUCAGUCGGCCAGGCUGAAGCCCACUCCCUGGGUCUGAGCAGACUGGCCCUGAACUCCAGAGACCACUCCUCACCUCCCAGCUUCUGCCUCUCUGCUGCUGGACUGUGUUGUUUGUAAGGCAUCCCCCACCCCCAGAAGUUCUGCUAAGAGCCCCAAGAAGGGGACAUGUCCUCUCUGGCGGAGACACUGGCAGACAAGAAGAGCCAGAGAGAAGUGGGGUGGGGGCAUCAGCACCCCCAGCAGCUGCUGCUGCCUGCUGACCCAGCCUCCAGCUCCUCCAGGUGCAGGGUCCCUCCUGCUGACCAGCCUCCAGCUCUUCCCAGUUCUGGGCUCCGCAGCGAGCGGCUUGGGGGCACUACCUGACACAGGAGACCAUGUCUGGGCAGAGGGUGGCUGCAGGUGGAGUCUGUGGCCUGUGGCGCACACCCAGGGACUCCCCGGAUGCUGGUUACUAUCUGGGCUAUGGUGGCCACAGCUGUCCUGCCCCUCCUCACGGCCAUGCUGGGCGUUACCAUGGUCACCCGCAGGGACACAGAGGGGCCAGGCAGAGCAGCCCUAGCUCACCUCACCGAGAACCCCCGCCAGAAGGGCCUCGGCUUCACAGGAUGGGGCUGCCAGUGUCCUGGGCCCCUCCUGCCUUCUGGGUUCUAGGGUGCUGCGCCCUGCUCCUCUGGCUGUGGGCGCUGUGCACAGCCUGCCGCAGGCCUGAGGACGCUGUAGCCCCCAGGAAGAGGACGCGGAGGCAGCGGGCGAGGCUGCAGGGCAGUGCGACGGCAGCGGAAGCAUCCCUGCUGAGGCGGACCCACCUCUGCUCCCUCAGCAAGUCGGACACCAGACUGCACGAGCUGCACCGGGGCCCGCGCGGCAGCAGGGCCCUGCGGCCUGCCAGCAUGGAUCUCCUGCGCCCACACUGGCUGGAGGUGUCCAGGGACAUCACCGGACCGCAGGCAGGCCCCUCUGCCUUCCCACACCAGGAGCUGCCCCGGGCUCUGCCGGCAGCUGCAGCCACCGCAGGGUGCGCUGGCCUCGAGGCCACCUAUUCCAACGUGGGGCUGGCGGCCCUUCCCGGGGUCAGCCUGGCGGCCAGCCCUGUGGUGGCUGAGUAUGCCUGCAUCCAGAAGCGCAAAGGGACCCAUUGCAGUCCCCAAGAGCCACAGCAGGGAAAGGCUCAGGUGACCCCGGCCGCUCAGGUGGACGUCCUGUACUCCAGGGUCUGCAAGCCUAAAAGGAGGGACCCAGGACCCACCACAGACCCGCCGGACCCCAAGGGCCAGGGAGCGAUUCUGGCCCUGGCGAGUGACCUGGCCUACCAGACCCUCCCGCUCAGGGCUCUGGAUGUGGACAGCGGCCCCCUGGAAAACGUGUAUGAGAGCAUCCGGGAGCUGGGGGACCCUGCUGGCAGGAGCAGCACGUGCGGGGCUCGGACGCCCCCUGCUUCCAGCUGCCCCAGCCUAGGGAGGGGCUGGAGACCCCUGCCUGCCCUGAACACUCAAGGACCUGUGCUCCUUCCUCCAGAGUGAGGCCCGUCCCCCGCCCCGCCCCGCCUCACAGCUGACAGCGCCAGUCCCAGGUCCCCGGGCUGCCAGCCCAUGAGGUCCGUGAGGUCCUGGCCGCUCUGACAGCCGCGGCCUCCCCGGGCUCCAGAGAAGGCCCGCGUCUAAAUAAAGCGCCACCGCAGGAUGAAAGCG